AUGUCUGUGGCCAAGAACACCGUGGACAAGUUGCUGAAGGGAUAUGACAUCCGUUUAAGGCCUGAUUUUGGAGGUCCUCCAGUCAGCGUGGGAAUGAGCAUCAACAUAGCAAGCAUAGACUCCAUCUCAGAAGUAAACAUGGACUACACCAUCACAAUGUAUUUCCAGCAAAGUUGGCGAGAUAAGCGGUUGGCCUAUGGCGAGCUGAACCUAAACCUGACUCUGGAUAACCGUGUAGCAGACCAGCUUUGGCUCCCUGACACCUACUUCCUUAAUGACAAGAAGUCCUUUCUUCACGGUGUGACAGUAAAAAACCGUAUGAUCCGACUGCACCCAGAUGGCACUGUCUUAUACGGGCUGAGAAUAACCACCACUGCUGCUUGCAUGAUGGACUUGAGAAGAUACCCUCUUGAUGAACAGAACUGCACCCUGGAAAUUGAAAGCUAUGGAUACACCACAGAUGACAUCAAAUUCUACUGGCAAGAAGGAGACAAAGCUGUGACAGGCGUUGACAAGUUAGAGUUACCUCAGUUCUCCAUUGUGGACACCGGCUUGGUGUCCAGGGAGGUCAGGUUUACUACAGGUUCAUAUCCAAGGCUUUCGCUGAGUUUCAGGAUUAAGAGGAACAUUGGAUAUUUCAUCCUGCAGACAUACAUGCCCUCCAUCUUGAUCACCAUCCUCUCCUGGGUCUCCUUCUGGAUCAAUUAUGAUGCCUCUGCAGCUCGGGUGGCCCUGGGUGUGACAACGGUGCUUACCAUGACAACAAUUAACACCCACCUUAGGGAGACUCUCCCCAAGAUUCCCUAUGUGAAAGCCAUCGACGUCUACCUCAUGGGCUGUUUUGUGUUUGUGUUCUUGGCCCUGCUCGAAUAUGCCUUUGUAAAUUACGUGUUCUUUGGCCGGGGCCCUGCGCAACAAAAGAAAAUCAAUGAGAGGCUGAACAAAACCAACAAUGAGCGCACAAGAUACGAAGAGAAGCGCCUGAGGGAACAGGUUUGCAUCUUCACCUUACCGCCUCUGUUAUACUCUAAUGUCAGUCAGAGUUCAACUACAAAACAACAAUCACUUCAGCCCUCACUGACACUCGGUAUCUCUCCAACUUCCUGGCAGGUGGACGCAUAUGGAAACAUUCUCCUCACCACACUGGAGAUGAAUAACGAAGUGAUGCCUUCUGACGUGGGAAGCAGCGUCAGUGACUCUCGGAAUUCAGUCAUGUCCUUUGACAGCUCCGGGGUCCAAUUCAGGAAGCCCAUGGCGCCCCGAGAUGGCUUCAGCCACCACUCGCUGGAUCGGAGCGCCAUGCGGAGCCGGGCCAACUGUCGGCUACGACGACGCUCCUCCAAGCUCAAGUUGAAAAUCCCAAACCUGUCAGAUGUUAGCACCAUUGACAAGUGGUCCCGGGUCAUUUUCCCUAUCACCUUUGGAUUUUUCAACCUAAUCUACUGGUUGUACUAUGUGAAUUGA